AUGGUUAUUGAGUUUCCUUGGGAUCCUUCUACUUCUGUUUCUAAUUUAACCCACAAUCAAAUCGGGCAGUUAUGUGCUCUGAUUAAAGUAAAUGAUACCGAGGUUCUUUCUGAUGUUUUUUCGGCAACAUCUCACUCUGUCCAUCAUGAACGCCCAGCUCCUUACAUAGUUUGGUCUGUUGGAUUACUGUUUGUUACUCUGAUCAAUAUGUGUGCACUCAUAGGAAUAGGUGUUAUGAAGUAUCUUACAAAAAAUGUUUAUAAUCAAGUUAUUACUCUCUUCGUUGGCCUUGGAGUAGGAUCUUUGUCCGGUUCUAGCUUUUAUCAUCUUCUUCCCCAGGCCCAUCCAUCACUUCUCGAAGAAAAAGACGAACAUGGAAACUUAACACACAGUUAUUUGCAUAUCGCUCAUACUUCCCUAUUAGGAGUCUAUUUAUUCUUUAUGUGUGAUAAACUUAUCAAAAUUAUCUUGGAAAUGAGAAAGAGAAAACGCCAACAAAGUGGAACCCAUGCUAUUGACAAGGUAGGAAGUGCUUUGCUUGGGUUAGAACAUGGAACAUGUGAAAAGACCAAGCUUGCUUGUGAAGAAGCUGCUGCUAUCGAAAUGAUGCAAUUAGAAACUACUGCUGGAAAGUCUAUGGGAGAUCAAGCUCAUGGCAUCUGCGUUCACGAUCACUCGAUGACGUUUGAAGCUGGAGAUUCAGCAAUUGCUGCUGUAGCUUGGAUGAUAAUUUUCGGAGACGGUUUCCACAAUUUCAUCGAUGGAAUCUCUCUAGGUGCUGCUUUCGCGGAAUCCACUCAUUCUGGAAUUUCCAUAUCUAUUGCCGUUUUAUGUGAGGAAUUCCCACAUGAGUUGGGUGAUGUAGCAAUUCUAGUAGCCGCAGGAAUGACUUUACGUCAGGCUCUUCUGUAUAAUUUAUUGAGCGCCGUAACUUGUUACAUAGGUUUUGCUAUCGGUGUUGGUAUUGGAGAACUUAAUGAGUACGCAUCACAAUACGCAUUUGCUUUAGCUGGUGGAAUGUUCCUCUACAUAUCAUUGGGUUGUAUGAUGCCUGAGAUGAGAAAGGCAAUGGAAGAAGCUCUGAAUGUUUCACUACAACGGGGGUUAUAUGUGCUAUUCUUACAGUCAGUCGGAGUGUUUAUCGGUUUGUUCCUCAUGUACUACAUGGCCAGAUAUGGUGAUGCGAUGACUGUAUGA